CCGAGGCCUCCGUACGUGAAGGAAGGCGCAACCGGACAGAGAGCGUUCCUGCCACAUGGCCUCUCAAGAGAUCGCGAAACCGAAACUUGUCACCCCAGAUAAUAAGCCAUCACCAUCCUCACACUCACACUCCCGUCAACCAUUCCUUUUCUUCGUGUCUGCAUUUCCUGCGCGGCGCUGAAUCGUGACCGCGCUGCUCAGCCCCGCUGACCCUAUUCGGGGCCCCGGUCGCAAGCGACACGCGUCCAGUCAAGCGCUGAUGGCUGGGGCUUCGACCUGAUCUGCGCCCCAUUAAACACCACUGCCUCCCGCCCUCUGCCUGGUGCCUGAUCACCCCAAGUUCUCGUCGAGAACGACACCUGUCCCGUGUUUCCUUUCGACCCGUUGAUUCCUUUAAGCUGGUGCUGUUGCUGUUUGUUUGCUGGCCUGACACACGUUCAUUUUCUUGCCUCCGUCUUUCCUUUAUUUUCUGUGAACCAUGCGGUCCUUCAAAUCGAAGGUACUGUCAGCCUGCGCCUGGGCGGUUCCGGUACUUACGGCCGUUCUUCCCCAAGGUCGACAAUCUGACGUUGUUCGACCGGAUGGGAAGCUCUUGGAGUUAGACCUCCAAGAGAACUACGCACAAGCGACCUUCAGCGUCCCAUGCGCUGGGUGUCUUGGCCAAGACCAAGCGGGCCAUGAUGACGAGUCUCUUAUCUUGAGCUUUAAGACCCACGCUCACAAGGAGCCUUGUGGCGCUUCCAACAUUACUCUGAAUGGAGUGUACCUUCCCCAAGAGUGGAACGGCGACUUCGCAUCUGGCUCUGGAUCCUACACUGGUGUUACCGACUUCCAAGAGAAUGCGUGGUUCCUCCAGCACGACCUUGAUCUUGAGUGGGAGUCUGCCUGUCUUCAUGGCAACGACGAAGCCGAGGAAGCCGCCCAAGUUCUUACCGUGAAUAUCAAAUCGAUUGACGGCAAGAGCAUAGAGAAGCCUUCCGGUUUCACGGUCUCAUUCAAACAACUAUCGCCGCCAGAACUUCUCAGACUUGAGGCCGUCCCUAACCGAUCGGCCAGCAAGAAGGACCAGGCUGAUUCGUGGAGGGAACCGCCAGCUCACCUCCGCUUGAUCAUCGCUUCACCCAAGGACGAGAGCAACGCCGUUGAUGCUCCCGGCCAGUCAUUCCUGGAAGACGACAUCCGCGAGCUUAGAGCGCUCCAAGCCGAAGUACAGGAGCUCCAGAGAGCGAUCAAGGAGAAGAAGAAGUUUAUCAACUCGCAGCUGAAGAAGGACGCCGAAAGCUUCAAGGAGGAACUUCAGCAGUGCGACAGCAUUACCUGUGUCGUCAGGGCUAUUGCCCACAAAGCACACGGUGCCUGGAGGAUCCUUUACAUCCGGUUCCGCCCCAAUCAUCACCACCACCACCAUCACCCUCCUCCACCGCCGCCUCCGAUGGGUGGCCCCGAGGAUCCAUAUCAGCGGGUAUGGCGCGCUGGGAACCAUGCCCAGGUACCAGAGGGUAACGUGAAGAUCGACUCCUUCCAUCACCCACCUCCACCUCCUCCACCUCCGCAGCCGACUGCACGCUACGGACCAGGUCACCAUCCUCCUCCUCCUCCCCCUCCUCAUCAUCACCAUGGACCUCCACACAUGCCCCCACCAGACUCGCCAUAUGUCAUCGCUCUGGAGAUUGUCCUCGGUCUCCUCUGCUGCGGCUGCCUGGUCACGAUCCUCCGUCACCGCUGCAGCAGCCUUCGCACACGCACCGAACGCGCUGCCACUCGCGAAGAACGCCGUACCGCGCGCGCCUACCGCCGAGCAGCCCGAAAGCUUGCCUGGCGCAACUGGUGGCACCGCAACUGCCGCGACGAAGAGCGCAUCGAAGACUACGAGGAGAAGCGCAGCCUGAUCCAGCACCAGGAAAGCGUCCUCGAGGAAGCAAUGCAGGAGGAGAUUCGCCAACUGCGCGCCGCCCACGGCGUCGUCAACGACCUCGUCCGCGCAGAAGAAGGCCGUAUUCCCUCCUGCAAUCCGCCUCCGCACACCCGCUGCUACUGCGGCCAUCAUCCUCCAGCCCAUAAUCCUGGUUCAUACUCUCCCCUCUCAACCGCUUCCACGUACCCACCAACCUCCCUCCCCGAACUCCCAUCACGUCCUCUCUCGCGCACAGACAGCCUUCCCGGCUAUCGCUCCGACACAUCGAGUGACCCGCCAGCGUAUGAGGAAGACGAGGACGUGUCGGACUCUGUGCCGAACGGCUUCAGACAUUAUGCUCCAUCUACUACGAGCUCCACUAGCUCGAGGUGGACACCUGAGAGCAGUGUGAUCGAUGUCAGUCCACGGCCGAGCGCAGAGACAUUGCGGUAUGCGGAGAUGACGGACACGGGAGUGGGUGACGCGAAGAAUUAGGUCUUUUCAGGGUAAUGGCGUUUAGGAGAGGUAAACCCGCCAUUGGUAAAUACAUACCAGGGCAGGAUGAAGGCUAACAGGCAGCUUCUCGGUUCGCAUUUUCCAGCCAGUUUUUCAUCUUAUGAUAUCACGGCGCAUCUGGACGGGGUUUUCUGGGGCUCACGCUUCC